AUGACUUGUAUCCCAAGAAAUAUGCAUACUAUCCGUUUCUUCAAGAUUGUUACUUCAACAAAUAUUCAAGAUGGUAACAUUAGAAUUCCAAAUGCUUUCACUCAAAAAUAUAUUAGUGAUUUGUCGACUAUAAUGUUUCUCAAGACUCUUGAUGACAAAGAAUGGGAAAUACAUUUGACUAAAAUGAAUGAUGAUAUUUGGAUUAACAAGGGUUGGAAGGAAUUCGCGACACAUUAUUCGUUAGAUCAUGGACAUAUGCUGAUGUUUAAAUUCGAAAAAACCUCUCAUUUUGAAGUGCAUAUAUUCGACAAGAGUACCCUUGAAAUUGAAUAUCGUGUUUAUGGUAAUAAUCAACAAGAAUGUAACGACACAAUUGGAAACUUGAAUGAGAAAAAUUCAUGCAACAAGACUAGACCAAAACCACAAGUUUCAAGUUCUCAAUCACAUAAGAAAUUGAGAAUCGACACAAAUGAAGAAGUUGGAAGAAGUUCGAAAUUGCAGAACUGGCCUAAACUUGUCCAAGUUAAAGCUUUGAUCAGAGCCAGAAACUACAAAUCUGAAAAUCCCAUUUUCAUUGUUGUCAUGACAUCUUCCUAUACUAAUCAAUAUAUAUAUGUCCCUUUCGAUUUCGAACUAAAGUAUUUGAAGAAAAAUCAAAGCGAUAUGGUCCUUCGGGUCUUGGAUGACGAUAGAACUUGGAUUGUUAAAUAUUGUGAAAGAAGAAUUAGUUCUGGAUGGAGAAUAUUUGCAUCUGAUAAUAAUUUGAAAGUGGGAGAUGUUUGUCUUUUCGAGAUGAUCAAUUACGAAGCCUAUGUUUUUCGAGUACUAGUUUUUCGAGUUGACGAAUCAGUUCACGGAGAUCGAAUUAAUUCGGUAGGAAUCGCAAGAAUCUCAAAAGUUGAAAGUAAACCUAUUGUUUUACAUAGAGGUAAAUCUUUUAGCAUCAAUGUUGUAUUGUCAAAUCACACUAAUAUCACCGCUAAUUCGCUAUAG